GGGCGUCAAGAUGGCGGCGGGGAGGUAGGCAGAGCCGGACGCCGCUGCUGCCGCCGCCACCGCCGCCACCGCCGCCGCCUCCGCUCCAGUCGCUUCUGGUUCUUCAAGCUCUCGCCACCUGGAGAAGCUGUUCCGGCGUCGGAUCCCGCGGGGAAAAUGGUGGAGCCAGGGCAAGAUUUACUGCUUGCUGCUUUGAGCGAGAGUGGAAUUAGUCCGAAUGACCUCUUUGAUAUUGAUGGUGGAGAUGCGGGGCUUGCAACUCCAACACCUACCCCUCCCGUACAGCAGUCAGUGCCACUUAGUGCAUUAGAACUAGGUUUGGAGACUGAAGCAGCAGUUCCUGUUAAACAAGAACCAGAGACGCUACCUACUCCAGCACUAUUAAAUGUUAGGCAGCAGCCUCCAUCUACUACAACAUUUGUGCUGAAUCAAAUAAAUCAGCUUCCGACUUUGGGAUCUACAAUUGUAAUGACUAAAACACCACCUGUAACCACGAAUAGGCAAACCAUCACUUUAACAAAGUUCAUUCAGACUACUGCAAACACACGUCCUUCAGUCUCAGCACCAGCAGCACGAAAUGCCAUGACCUCUGCACCUUCAAAAGACCAGGUUCAACUGAAGGACCUACUAAAAAAUAAUAGUCUGAACGAACUCAUGAAACUGAAGCCACCGGCUAAUAUUGCUCAGCCAGUUGCAACAGCAGCUACUGAUGUAAGCAAUGGCACAGUAAAGAAAGAGUCUUCUAAUAAAGAAGUAGCAAGAAUAUGGAUAAAUGACAUGAAAAUGAGGAGUUUUUCCCCGACCAUGAAGGUCCCUGUUGUGAAAGAGGAAGAUGAACCAGAGGAAGAAGAUGAAGAAGAAAUGGGUCAUGCGGAAACCUAUGCAGAGUAUAUGCCAAUAAAAUUAAAAAUUGGCCUGCGUCACCCAGAUGCUGUAGUUGAAACUAGUUCUUUAUCCAGUGUUACUCCUCCUGAUGUUUGGUACAAAACAUCUAUUUCUGAAGAAACCAUUGAUAAUGGCUGGUUAUCAGCAUUACAGCUUGAGGCAAUUACAUAUGCAGCCCAGCAACAUGAAACAUUCCUACCAAAUGGAGAUCGUGCUGGAUUCUUAAUAGGUGAUGGUGCUGGUGUAGGAAAAGGAAGGACAAUAGCAGGAAUCAUCUAUGAAAAUUAUUUGUUGAGUAGAAAAAGGGCUUUGUGGUUCAGUGUUUCAAAUGAUUUAAAAUAUGAUGCCGAAAGAGAUUUGAGGGAUAUUGGAGCAAAAAACAUUUUGGUCCAUUCAUUAAAUAAGUUUAAAUAUGGAAAAAUUUCUUCCAAACAUAAUGGGAGUGUGAAGAAGGGUGUGAUUUUUGCUACCUAUUCUUCCCUCAUUGGUGAAAGUCAGUCUGGUGGUAAAUACAAAACGAGGUUAAAACAACUCCUACAUUGGUGCGGUGAUGACUUCGAUGGAGUGAUAGUGUUUGAUGAAUGUCAUAAAGCAAAAAACUUAUGUCCUGUUGGUUCUUCAAAGCCAACCAAGACAGGCUUAGCAGUUUUAGAACUUCAGAACAAAUUGCCAAAAGCCAGAGUUGUUUAUGCUAGUGCCACUGGUGCUUCUGAACCACGAAACAUGGCCUAUAUGAACCGUCUUGGAAUAUGGGGUGAGGGAACUCCAUUUAGAGAAUUCAGUGAUUUUAUUCAGGCAGUAGAACGGAGAGGUGUUGGUGCCAUGGAAAUAGUUGCUAUGGAUAUGAAGCUUAGAGGAAUGUACAUUGCUCGACAGCUGAGCUUUACUGGAGUGACCUUCAAAAUUGAGGAAGUUCUUCUUUCUCAGAGCUAUGUUAAAAUGUAUAACAAAGCAGUCAAACUGUGGGUCAUUGCCAGAGAGCGAUUUCAGCAAGCUGCAGAUCUGAUUGAUGCUGAGCAACGGAUGAAAAAAUCCAUGUGGGGUCAGUUCUGGUCUGCUCACCAGAGAUUUUUCAAAUACUUGUGCAUAGCAUCCAAAGUUAAGAGGGUUGUUCAACUAGCUCGAGAAGAAAUCAAGAAUGGAAAAUGUGUUGUAAUUGGUCUGCAGUCUACGGGAGAAGCUAGAACAUUAGAAGCCUUGGAAGAGGGUGGAGGAGAAUUGAACGAUUUCGUUUCAACUGCCAAAGGAGUGUUGCAGUCACUCAUUGAAAAACACUUCCCUGCUCCAGACAGGAAAAAACUUUAUAGUUUGCUAGGAAUCGAUUUGACAGCUCCAAGUAACAACAGCUCACCAAGAGAUAGUCCUUGUAAGGAAAAUAAAAUAAAGAAGCGGAAAGGUGAAGAAAUAACUCGAGAAUCCAAAAAAGCACGAAAAAUAGGUGGCCUUACUGGUAGCAGUUCUGAUGAUAGUGGAAGUGAAUCUGAUGCCUCCGAUAAUGAAGAAAGCGACUACGAGAGCUCUAAAAACAUGAGUUCUGGAGAUGACGAUGAUUUCAACCCAUUUAGAGAUGAGUCUAGUGAGGAUGAUGAAGAUGAUCCCUGGUUAAUCAGAAAGGACCACAAGAAAAACAAAGAUAAAAAAAAAAAGAGAAGUAUAGAUCCAGAUUCUAUUCAAAGUGCCUUAUUAGCAUCAGGUCUUGGAUCAAAACGACCUAGUUUUUCUUCUACGCCAGUAAUUUCACCUGCUCCUAAUAGUGCACCAGCUAACAGUAACACCAACAGCAACAAUAGCCUUAUAACAAGUCAGGAUGCCGUGGAAAGGGCCCAGCAGAUGAAGAAAGACCUACUUGAUAAACUAGAAAAAUUAGCUGAAGACCUCCCUCCUAAUACCCUGGAUGAACUUAUUGAUGAACUUGGUGGCCCUGAGAACGUUGCUGAGAUGACUGGCCGCAAGGGGAGGGUUGUAAGCAAUGAUGAUGGAAGUAUAUCUUAUGAGUCAAGAUCUGAACUUGACGUCCCUGUGGAAAUACUAAAUAUCACGGAAAAACAAAGAUUUAUGGAUGGAGAUAAGAAUAUUGCUAUCAUCUCAGAAGCUGCCAGCUCAGGUAUUUCAUUACAAGCAGAUAGGAGAGCUAAAAAUCAAAGGCGAAGAGUUCAUAUGACUCUGGAAUUACCAUGGAGUGCUGAUAGAGCAAUUCAGCAGUUUGGACGAACUCAUAGAUCAAACCAAGUUACUGCUCCGGAAUACGUCUUUCUGAUUUCUGAAUUGGCAGGAGAACAAAGAUUUGCAUCUAUUGUUGCUAAAAGACUUGAGAGUUUAGGUGCGCUUACACAUGGAGACAGAAGAGCAACAGAAUCCAGAGAUCUGAGUAGGUUCAACUUUGAUAAUAAGUAUGGAAGAAAUGCUUUAGAAAUUGUCAUGAAAUCCAUUGUAAACCUAGAUUCUCCUAUGGUAUCACCACCUCCAGACUAUCCUGGAGAAUUCUUUAAAGAUGUUCGACAAGGACUGAUAGGAGUUGGCCUGAUAAAUGUAGAAGAUCGUUCAGGAAUUCUUACUCUAGAUAAAGAUUAUAACAACAUAGGAAAAUUCUUGAAUAGAAUUUUGGGCAUGGAGGUGCAUCAACAGAAUGCGUUAUUUCAGUAUUUUGCAGACACACUUACUGCAGUUGUCCAAAAUGCCAAAAAAAAUGGAAGAUAUGAUAUGGGAAUCUUAGAUCUUGGUUCUGGAGAUGAAAAAGUGAGGAAAAGUGAUGUUAAGAAGUUUCUGACUCCAGGAUAUUCAACCUCUGGCCAUGUAGAAUUAUACACGAUAAGUGUAGAGAGGGGAAUGUCCUGGGAGGAAGCUACCAAGAUUUGGGCUGAGUUGACAGGACCAGAUGAUGGCUUUUAUUUGUCAUUGCAAAUAAGAAACAACAAGAAAACUGCCAUCUUAGUUAAAGAAGUGAAUCCUAAAAAGAAGCUUUUCUUAGUUUAUAGACCAAAUACUGGGAAACAGCUCAAAUUAGAAAUUUAUGCUGAUCUAAAAAAGAAAUAUAAGAAGGUAGUCUCAGACGAUGCCCUGGUCCACUGGUUAGAUCAGUAUAAUUCAUCUGCAGAUACUUGUACUCAUGCUUAUUGGCGUGGCAAUUGCAAAAAAACAAGUUUGGGAUUAGUUUGUGAAAUAGGUCUUCGUUGCCGCACGUACUAUGUAUUAUGUGGCUCAGUACUGAGUGUCUGGACAAAAGUCGAGGGUGUUCUCGCAUCUGUCAGUGGCACAAACGUGAAAAUGCAGAUAGUUCGGCUAAGAACAGAGGAUGGACAGCGGAUUGUAGGUUUGAUCAUUCCUGCAAAUUGUGUGUCUCCUCUUAUAAAUCUCCUGUCAACUUCAGACCAGUCUCAACAGCUUGCAGUCCAGCAGAAACAGCUCUGGCAGCAGCGUCACCCCCAGAGCAUCGCCAACUUGAGCAACACAUAAGAACAGACAGGUUUCAACAUGGAUGUAUAUGAAAUGCUGUUGAAGCAUAUCAUUUGCAUAAAAAUCAGGGACAGUUUCCAAAGAAUUAUAAUUUUUUUUCAGUUGUGCUCUCUCUCUAGUUAAUUUUUUUGGGAAUAAGGACAAACCUGGAAUAGACAGCAAAACUGAAAAUCAGCAGUGCCGAUGGUGGUACAUAUGUCUUUCCUCGUGCUUUUCCCAUGGUACUUACCGUAUGCUUUUACUUUGGGUGAGCAGAGGGGUGUGUGCGCGUGUGUGUCAGUCUGUUUGUUUGUGAGUUUGUUAAAAGCUACGAACCAUAAUUGGUUUAAAAAUGCUUGGAACUUCCCAAACUGGCUUUACUUUUAUGUCAUACAGUGCUCAGGGUUCACGCAGUACAUCCAUGCCGUUGCUGUGGGACGUAUCCCCGGAUGCAUGUGUUUUGAGUCUAUAAAUAGAGAAAAUAUAUAUUGGUUUCUUUUUCCAACUUAUUAAAACAAUAGGUUUAUUAAAGCAUGAAACAAAAGGUUACAUAUCAUGCAUUCAGGUUCUUUUUCUAGUUUUUGUUCUGACAGUGCAUGUCUUUGACAGCAUGCGUAAACAAGAUUAACACAGAAGUCAAGUAGCGGAAAGAAACAUUUGUAGAUGUACAGCAUUGGUUAUUGCAUUUUUAUAGUGUUUAUACCUGGGUAUUGCUUCAAACCCUGCGAAAUCACCUUCUCCCAUUCCCCCUGCCCCAGGUUUCUUGUCAAGGUAAUGAGUACAUACAUUUUUUGGUGAUAAAACUCUUAAAAGUUAAUUUUAAUGUAUUAAUAGUAUUCCUAAUGUGUGCUGCAAAAAUGGCUACAAGCCUGCUUUUCUUAAAAUUACAUUUUUCUUAACUUAAAGAUAGUUUUAGAAAGAAGUACAAAUUGGCUUCCGUCUUGCAAACAAUCUUUUUUUUUUUUUUUUACUUCGUUAUCUUAAUUUGCUUUGUCACUCUUAAAAAUGGAAACCGUACUUGAGUUGUAAACUAGACAAUGAGGAAACACUUGAGGCUUCUGCUGUAUGUUUAUUUCUUGUUGUUAUUGUUGUUACCCAGUAACUUGAAUAUUGUUUAAUGUGUUGUAAGACAUUGUAGAGUUUAUCUCAAGCUGUUAAAAAUGGUAAUGUACAAAUGUGAAUAGACACUUAUCUAUAAUAUGGGUAAGUUUUGUUUCGCCUAUAAUAGAUGUUUAUAAAAACAAGUGAGGGGACAAUUGGUCUUUUUGUUACCUUUUUUUUUUCCUUUCCUUUUUUUUUUUGCUUGCACAGGUUGCACUAUUGAAAAACUGAGAUUGUAUAAACCUGGUCAAAAGCUGCAAGAUACCACAAUCUUGUAGAUGUCAAAUAAAAAGUUAUUAUACUAAGCAGAAGUGGACUCUUGUUUAGGCCCUCACCACCUUCAAAAGUAGUCUGUGAUGGGGAUGCUGCAGGACUUGCGUGUUGCUCAACAUUCCAGGUAGCCUUAUAUUUUGGCUUAAAACCUACCCCUCAAAAUUGAAACGGUGUUGAGGAAGGGGUAAAAUGAUAGUACUUUUGAAAGUUUCUCAAGUUGAACUGUUCUCCUUUGUAACUUUCUAAACUUCUUGUAGAAUUAGGUGAGAUGUAUGUUAAGUGAUAGGAAAGCUAGGGCUAUCAUCCUCCUGUGUUUCUUCAAGCCUGAGUUUGGUUAUGUCACGUUUACCAUAAGUUUUCU